AUGAUUGCUGUUGGUUGUAGGCCUGAUGUGAUCACUUGUGACACUUUGAUUGGUGGAUUGUGUAAAACAGGGAAGAUAAGUGUUGUCAUUAAGUUGCUUGAAGAGAUGGUUAAUGGGAAUAAAGAAUCUGGUGUUAUUUGUAGGCCAGAUGUUGUUGUUUAUACUACUAUAAUUGAUCGUCUUUGUAAGGUUGGAUUAGUUGAGAGGGCUAGACAAUUAUUUUUGGAACAUAUGAUUCAGAGGGUUGUGGUUCCUGACAUUUAUACCUACAACAUUUUAAUGAACAGUUAUUGCUUGGCUGAUAGAAUUGGUGAUGCAAAGUCAAAGGUGAAAGAUGCACGAAAUUUAGUUGGUGAGAUGCGACUUAACGAUGUUUUCCCUGAUUCUUGGACAUAUAACGUUUUCAUUAAUAGACUUUGCAAGAAUGGAUAUGUUUUGGAAGCGGUGGAAAUGUUUAAUGCUCUAGUAAAUAAUAAGUUUGCGGUUAGCAUUGAAGUUUUGAAUUCCCUCAUUGAUGGAUUAUGUAAAACAAAGAGGUUGGGAACUGCUUGGGACCUAUUUCAGAAAUUUUCUCUUCAUGGAAACCUGGUGCCAGACAUUGUAACAUAUAGCAUUUUGAUCAAUGGGCUAUGUAAAAAUGGACAACUAGAAAUGGAAAAUGAGUUGUUGUCAUAA